AUGUCUCGUCUCAGAAAGUAUUAUUGUCGAGCUUUCACUUACAUUCAAUCUCGAUCACUGAAUCGUGAUUUAGCUAACGACGUGACUGAACUUGAGAGACGAGCUCGCGCUCUGAGAAUUCUUGAUAUCAUCUCUUCAAAAACUAGUGAAGCUUCGAGUCGUCAGAACCAUCUUGGUGAAUUUCUUAAAACGGAUUCGAGACGAUUCAGAGAUCAAACAUUUUCCAAGGAUCUCGACCUCUCAAGAACCGAACAUGGAGUCUCAAGCGUGCUUGCAGAAUUUCUCCUUGAGGAGGAUUCUUCAUGCUCUGCCAAUGGCGGUAUGCAGCAGAGAGAAGGGUGGAGUUUUGAUGCUUAUGAUUUGUCCUCCGCCGUGAGUUCUUGCGGGUCGAAGCGAGAGUUUAAAACCGGUUAUGGGUUUCAUUGCUUAGCGUUAAAGAGUGGGUUGAUCUCAGAUGUCUACGUAGGAAGCUCUCUGGUCGUUUUGUAUAGAGAUUCAGGUGAGGUAGACAAUGCACAUAAAGUGUUCGUGGAAAUGCCUGAGAGGAACGUUGUUUCGUGGACGGCUAUGAUCUCAGGGUUUGCUCAGGAAUGGCGAGUUGGUAUCUGCUUGAAGCUUUAUUCAGAGAUGAGAAACUCGACUUCUGAUCCGAAUAAUUACACGUUCACUGCUCUCUUGAGCGCUUGCACAGGAAGCGGAGCCUUAGGGCAAGGGAGGAGUGUUCAUUGCCAAACGCUACAGAUGGGUUUCAAGUCUUAUCUCCAUAUCACAAACGCUCUCAUCUCUAUGUACUGCAAAUGCGGAGACUUGAAGGAUGCGUUUUGUAUCUUUGACGAUUUUGAGAAUAAAGAUGUGGUCUCUUGGAACUCUAUGAUUGCUGGUUACGCGCAGCACGGACUUGCAACGCAAGCAAUCGAGCUUUUUGAAGUAAUGAUGCUCAAAAGCGGAACAAAGCCCGAUGCAAUCACGUAUCUUGGACUCUUGUCGUCGUGCAGACAUGCAGGUCUGGUAAAAGAAGGGAGAAAGUUCUUCAAUUCGAUGGGGGAGAACGGCAUGAAACCACAGCUCAACCACUACUCUUGUCUAGUCGAUCUUCUCGGCAGAUUUGGUCUAUUGCAAGAAGCGCUGGACUUGAUUGAGAACAUGCCGAUGGAACCAAACCCUGUCAUAUGGGGAUCUCUGCUCUUCUCUUGCCGUGUUCACGGUGAUGUCUGGAUGGGAAUCAGAGCUGCAGAGGAACGGCUGUUGCUUGAACCUGAAUGUGCAGCUACACAUGUCCAGCUGGCGAAUCUUUACGCCAGUGUUCAGUACUAUAAAGAGGCGGCGACAGUGAGGAAAGUGAUGAAAGAUAAAGGCCUGAAGACGAAUCCAGGUUGCAGUUGGAUAGAGAUUGAUAACGAUGUUUUCAUGUUUAGAGCUGAAGAUGGUAGCAACUGUAGAAUGGUAGAGAUUGUUCAUGUUCUUCAUUGUCUCGUAGAUCACAUGGAGUUGCUCUAAUUACAACGCAUCAAAGAUCACUCAAUUUUAUUUCAAAUCAAAAGUAGAGAUCACCAGAUUUCAGAUGUGCAUCCAUUUUUUAUUUUAAGUUUAAAUCUCCUUAAUGCUUUUACAUAGGGUUUGAAUCUUAAAGAUUGCGAUGUAUUAACACUUGUACAAAUUAUUAUGGACAAGCUUAUAGAAAAUUUUCAGCAUAGUAUAUACAAUCGUUUUGGUGUAAA